AUGAAGAGAAGGGUGCUGCGUGCACACGCAAACAAGAGUCGUCUUAGGCUCUUGAGCGCCGAAAAUGGACUUCGGCUGGAUUCGUACAACAUUCUCUGCGAUGCCUCUUUUAUGCGCGCCUUUUUACUGGCUGAGGGCAGCAGUGAAGGUUCACCGGCGCAGGCAUUGAGGGCACUUAUUUACGACACUUUUUCGGCCGCAACGUCUCAUGUAUCGCGGGAGGAAGACGGCAGCAGGUCUUCUGGCAGUGCUCGGAUAAAGAAACCCAAUGAAUUAAAUCUCUCAGUUUAUUAUCUACUGGAAACGGCCACGACGCUCCGUCGCAUGUUUCAGCAGCGGCUAGAAGAAGAGCAGGAAGAUGCCGCGACGAGAAGGAAAAGGAAGAGAAAUGAAAAGGAGCUGACUUCCUUGGAAAUAAAUAAGAAAGGCCGACAUUUUAUUUCGGUGGUGGAGUCGCUUUUGGAAGGGUUGGAGUGCAUCAGGGGCGAAGAUGUCUCAGCCAAUAAAAAUGAGGCCAAGGCAAUUGCUCGGUUUCUUGCGGCGGCGGGGUCUAAGGAGGGCCCUCCCACACGCACGGCCCAGGGAAGGAAAAAUGCACACUUUUUUUUUGUUGCCACGCAGUCGCAUGACGUUCGCCGGCUUUUGCCAGGCAACGCCGCCCUCAUCCGCCUCACAACAUUACCCACGGCGCUGUGGAUUGAAAAAAAUGGUGAUGCAUUUCACUACGGUGUGGACGGUGCCAAAAACACCCCUCUCCAUGAUGCGUCCGUGCCCACGAGAGGGAAAACGCUUUCUGCGGCAGAUGUGGCCUUCAUGCGACACCUUUCGGCGGAACUUGUGCCCGCUGGUGUGGGGGCAAACAAAAGUCCUUGGGUGGGUUCGAAAGGCGGUACGUCGAAGACGUUGAACGCCACCUUGGCCAUGCAGAAUAAGGCGACACCAGAUACGGGCAGCAAGAACGGUGUGAGGGGGGAGAAUGCAAGCCGAUCUCGAAGAAAAUCCGCGCGUGGACCAAACCCGCUUGCAGUGAAGAAGAAACGCGUCCGGGAAGUGUUUCGAGUGGAUUUGGGGGCGUCGAAGAAACAGGACUGA